AUGACUUCACAUCGACGACCUUCCCAUUCUUCUUCUCAUUAUCCUCCACUUUCUCCUGUUCGAUCUCGUCCUUUACCUCCGACCAAUCCUCCCGAUCCUCCGUUAACGCUCUUACAUCCAACGACAUCGCCCAUCACACCAUACCGAAAUACCUCUCGCGCGUUUGAGCUUGACGAGCGUGAAAAUGGACAUGGACAUGAGCAAGAACAUCACGUAAAGGGCAGAAAGAGGAGUUGGUGGAAAGUUAGAUUAGGUUAUGGAAUGUAUAAUGAUAUCAAGAAUAGAUUACCAUGGUACAUUAGCGAUUGGACAGAUGCAUGGAAUUAUAGAGUGAUACCUGCUACAUGGUUCAUUUUCUUUGCAAACGUUUUACCAGGAUUAGCGUUUUCUUUAGACCUGAUAGAAACUACAGGACAAUAUGGUGUCCAAGAAGUUUUGCUGUCAUCUUUUAUGGCUGCAUUCGUAGCUUCAUUCUUAGGUGGUCAACCACUGUUGAUAUCUGGAGUAACCGGGCCUAUCACCGUUUUCAACAAGACCAUUUACGACAUCUUCGAAAAUAAAGCGGACGGACCAGAUUAUCUGCAUUUCGUUGGAUGGACUUAUCUGUGGGCAGCUAUAUUUCACUGGAUCGCAGCUUCGAUGAAUGCUGUGCAAGGACUCAAAUACGUUACUCGAUUUUCGUGCGACACAUUCGGCUUCUACGUGGCUGCAGUAUAUAUUCAAUAUGGCAUACAAGUGAUUACUCGUCAAUUUGGACAAACUAGCACACCAAGUGCUUUCUUAGGUAUAAUCCUGGCGAUACUCACCCUCAUACUACCUCAUUAUUUCAACUCACUUGCAAAAUCAGGAUAUGUGAAUAAACAUUUCAGGAGGUUUUGCGCGGAUUAUGGAAUGCCAAUCACCAUUAUUGCCAUGACUGGUUUCGCUUACUGGGGAAGAUUUGAUCAGUAUGUCUUGGAAGAUGGGAUGACUCUUCCAACUACCACAAGCUCUUUCCGACCUGCCAGUGAUAGACCUUGGCUUGUUAAGUUCUGGCAGCUGGAAGGAAAAUGGGUUGGAACAGCUUUACCAUUUGGAUUAGUGUUAUUUAUCCUCUUCUAUUUCGACGCAAAUGUCUCGUCUUUAAUUGCUCAAGGAUCCGAAUAUCCACUUCGUAAACCACCUGGAUUUCAUUGGGAUUUCUUCUUACUUGGUAUAACUACUUUCAUAGCUGGACUACUAGGUAUUCCAGCUCCAAAUGGUUUGAUCCCUCAAGCUCCACUUCAUACAGCUUCAUUAGUAGUCAUGGGAUAUGAAGAUGCCUCAUCUUCAUCGUCUGAAACUGUUGUAUCUCCAACAGGGGAACAAUCUUCAUUCGAAGAUCGAGAGAGGGAUGUACAAUUAAUGGGAAUGGAGAACGGGAAUGGAACCGAAAACGGAGGCCAGUCACGUUCAAAGGAAAAUGGUAUGACAAGACGAUCGAGUAAUACUCCCAGUGAGAUCCGUCAAAGAGGUAGAAGAAGCGGUAGUACUGCGAUUGAGAAAGAUGAUACACCAACGGACAAGAAUGAGGUACCUGUCGCUGUGGUUGAGCAGAGAGUAUCUAAUCUUGCCCAGGGAUGCUUAUGUCUUAUUUUAAUGACUAAACCAUUCGAGCAUGUACUUGGAUUAAUACCGAAAGGGGUGUUAGCAGGAUUAUUCUGGUACAUGGGUUCCGAUGCUUUAUUGACAUCAGGAGUUACAGAAAAGAUGUUGUAUUUAAUUCGAGAUAAGAGAGCUAUAAGCCCUUCUGAGCCGUUAAAUGGUGUUAGGAAGAGCAGAAUAGUAUUAUUCACCUUAAUUGAAUUGAUUGGGUUUGGAGCUACAUUCGCUAUCACUCAGACUAUAGCAGCAAUCGGUUUCCCAGUUAUCAUUAUGCUUCUCGUUCCGUUAAGGGUAUUGAUAGUACCCCAUCUUGGAUUCUCAGAAGAGGAAUUGGGUAUUCUGGAUGGUGCAGUUGCCAGUCCUUUCACGAUGGAAUCUGUUGGAGGCUCCAUUUAA